UUUAAUAAAAAAGUGAAGAAAAAUCUCACAAAAUGUAUUUAAUUUCAACUGCUAAGACUACUGUCUUAACUGAUUUUAAUGAUUUGGAAACCAAAUCAAUUUAUCAACAUUCCAAUGGUGAAAAUACAGAUUUUCAAUUUUAUGCCCAACAACGCAUAUUUGUGGAAGUUAAUAAAAAAUCUGGUUUAGAGAUAAUGCGCAUCAAGGAAAAGGCUCAGAAAGCCGAUAUACAACGCGUACGCAAGCUUACCAUAGAUAAUGUUUAUUGUGUGGCCUGUGCCAAACAGUCUUUGGAAGAAAUGGCUGUUGGUUUAGCCAAUGGCCAGGUAAAGUUGUAUAAUUAUAACAAGGCGGAAUUUAUACACAAAUUUAAUGCGGAUUCCAAUCGCAAUUCUGUUUUAUAUUUGGAUUAUAAUGCAUCGGAUGAGUAUAUAGCUUCAGUAUUUGAGAAUGGUUCAAUAAAUAUUUAUGGCCACAGAACAAAAACAAAAAUUGAUUCGUUCAACAUAGAUGGCAAUUCCACAUUGGCACGCUUUCAUCCCACCAAACGUUUUCAGUUAUCCAUAGCCUCCUAUAAAGGAGCUGUCACCAUCUAUGACGUUCAUUCGAAACGUAAAUUAUUCCAUGCUGCAGAUGCUCAUGGAGCACAAUGUCGAGAUUUGUGUAUGUCUCCUGCCAAUCCCGAUACAUUGAUAAGUGUUGGUUACGAUUGUAUCAUUAAUAUAUUCGAUACAAGGCGUAAAGUGAAACCUGUGCAGUUGAUAUAUUGCCAUCCAUUGUCCACAGUGGCGGCUAGUGAAUGUGGUACUUACUUUUGUGUGGGCAAUCUCAAGGGGGAACUCACCACUUAUGAUAUGCGUAAUACGAAAAUAUUUUUGGCUUCGAAAAAGAUUCAUGAUUGUGGUGUAACACGGGUGGCAUUUGCCCCACUGACUGCUGAUAAUGGCACAAGCUUCUCGAGUUCCGGUGUAGGAGCAGAACAUUCGGUAGUGGCAUUACCAGCAACUGGUGGUAGUGCAGAUUUGCGUAAAUCUAUAGCCUCCAACCUAUUGGGAGUAACAGAGAAUACACGGGCUCAUCGUGAUUCAUUUUGUGACUUUUUAGAUUUUCAAGCAAAUCGUGGACAAGAGAAAAUAUCACCCAGAUUUGCACCCCGAAGAGAUAGUUUUGAUUGGGAUGUACUUUCACGGAAACCAGUAGCGGAUGAAAAUCGCAUGUCAUUUGUGGGUCUUAACGUUGUGGCGCCAAAUACACCAGCCACACAAAAUGAUUCGUUUGAUAAAAAAUUGAAUUCGUCGGAUGUGAUUAAAGUCCCGCUAAGAGAACGUAGCAAUACACCACAACAUACUCCAUUGUCAGGUAAACUCACCCAAAUAAUGGAAGAAGAUAAAUGCCUGCAAGAGACCUCGGAAAAUUCUAGCCAAAAUCUUACAUCCGACAGUGAUAAGGAGAAUCCUAAUAUGGAUUUUGAUUUUGUACAAACACGCCUAAAGCCAUUGCCCGUAGAUUUCAAUAUCACUCCACAUCGUGAAAGAUCUUCUAUGGAUGGCAUAUUGGCUGCCUCAAAACCAGCACCAAUGCCUCGUGCCACAUCCACGGCUACCAAGAAUCCCAUCCCACAAGUAAUGAUAAACGGCUCCUCAGAUGUGCAUCAAGCUAUUUCUGAUUUACGUUCGGAAAUGCUGCAACGUUUCAAUCAAUUGGAAUUUGAAAUGAAAUUUUUAGCCGAAAAUAAUAAAUGGCAAAUUUUUACGCACAACUUUAAUUUGUGGAAUCAACGUUCCGAACAAACUGAAGAGAUACGUGACUGUUUGGGUAUUCUGUUGCAGACCGAUCCAUUUGUUAAUGAGUUUUUAAGACUGAAGGAGGAAAAUGAAUUGUUAAAAAAGCAAUUGCAACAAAUUAUAAAAGAGUAAU